AUGGAUACUAUAAUGGACAACAAUGAUUCGUCAUCAUCAUCCAUGGUCGUGGCAGAGGCCACAACUACCACUCAAAUUUAUAAUCCAUUGGAACAUCUUUGUUAUGAUGCAGUAUUACAUGUACUUCAAUUCUUGAGUCCAAAGGACUUGUUGUCAUUUGGAUUGGUUUCCAAGGAAUGUGCGGCACUGUCAUCAAACGAUUACUUUGUGGCGCAGAUUCUAUAG